AGGUGACAAUUAUGAAUGCAGAAAUAUGAAGCUUCUUCUAAAACAACAACAAAGGGUCUUGGUUGGAAGAUCAGUUGUUUCUGGAUGGGGAGCUAUGCCAAGGUAAUUAUGGUUGCAGGUGAUCACCAAGUCGGUAUAUUUGCCAAAGAACGAAUAAAUGCAGGAGAGGAACUAUUCUACGACUACCGUUACGAGCCAGACAGAGCUCCUGCCUGGGCUAGAAAACCCGAUGCAUCUGGGUCCAAGAAAGAGGAUGGCGCUCCGUCAAGCGGACGAGCUAAGAAACUUGCCUAACCUUACUAUUUAUUUACAUCCUACAUUCAAUUUUUUGCCAUUCUUUCACAGGUAAUACUUGGAAAGAUCAUUCUCAUUUCGCAUUGAUAGGCCGAUAGGAAGAAUGAAUGUUGUCAUGUUGUUAUUGGGGAUGCCAUCGUUGUCAUU